AUGUUGUCAAAUGGGAGGACGGAGCUGGAGCAGCAGGUGCUGGAGCUGGAGGAGGAGAACCAGAAGCUGCUGCUGGAAAACCAACUCCUGCGGGAGAAGACGUGUACCCUUGCCCUGGAGAACCAGGAGCUGCGCUGCCGCCUGGGUCUGGAUGCUCUGAAGGUGGAGGAGGAGAGCGAGUCCCAGGUUGUGAAGGAAUCGCAGGUGGAUGAGAUUAGAUUGGUGACCGGGUCCGCUGAGUCCGCAGCACUCAGACUACGUGUUUCUGCAGCAGGUGCAGGCCCAGCAGUCACCAUUUCUGAUAGCUUCCAUAUGGAUUCUGAUGGCAGUGACUCUUCAGACUCGGAGUCUGAUCUCCUAUUGGGCUUUCUGGACAGUCUGGACCCAGAGAUGUUUCUCAAAUAUGCUGAUUCAGAGUCAACAUGCCUGGAAAAGCUGGAAGAAGAGAUCUGUGGAGAAACAAAUUCCAUACCAACCUCCCCCUCUCCAUCUUUGGGGUCCCCAUCAGCCAAGCUGGAGGCCAUUAAUGAACUGAUAAGGUUUGACCAUGUGUACACAAAGCCCCUAAUACUGGAGAUUCCUGUUAAAAUGGGCAACCAAACCAAUAUGCUAGUGAAAAUUGAGGAGGUAUCUCCCUCUGCAUCUGAAGACAAAGCUACCCCUGAGGUCUCAGUAUCUGUGAAAGAGGAACCUGUAGACAGCUUCAUGCCUGAGCUGGGCAUCUCUCACCUGCUCUCCUCUCAUCAUAGCCUUGCAGCCCCAAGCUCUCUGCUGGAUGCCUGUAGUGACUCUGGAUAUGAAGGAUCACUCUCACCCUUCAGUGAUAUGUCCUCUCCACUUGGCAUGUGGGCUUAUGAGGGAAAGUUUGUUCCGCAGUAA